GUGUGUAACGCAAGAGUGGCUGUCCCGACUUCUUCCAGAUAACUUGCUCAUAGUUCAACUAAUUUACAGAAAACGUUAACGAAUUGAGGCGUGCGUUUCCAUAACUAAUUGGAUCCAUGUUUCCCUAAAAUUUAGAAAAUAGCGACAAUACCUUCUUUGACAGCUUUGACAUGUGCCUAUAUAAUUGUAGUGGACCAAAUCUAAUUACUUCCAGUGAUAGCCUUUAUAUGCGGACUUAUAGUGAUAAUACUAAUGAUAAUGGGAUUGGCGUCUACCGAUUGGCUAAUGUCAGCCGGAUGGAGACAGGGACUCUUCAUGCAUUGUAUAGAAAAAGAUGCACCCCAACCGCUGCCUUUCAACAUGAAGAAUCCGCCGGGGUGUUAUCAGUCUAGAGACAAAGCUUACAUCAGAGCAGCAGCUACUUUGUGCGUGAUAACACUUCUGACAGACCUCGUAGCAACGGUUCUUACUGGACUGGGUUUGGCGACGAAAGAACAUCACACCAAAUUCAAAUAUUAUAGGUUCGCAGUUAUCGUUAUGGGAUUAGCACUGGUUUCUAUCCUCAUAGCGCUGAUUAUAUACCCGGUGUGCUUCGCUGCCGAGUUGACUUCUGGUAACCGAACGAUAUGGGAGUUCGGAUGGGCGUACGGAGUGGGCUGGGGCGCCGCCAUUUUCCUCUUCGGAGCAGUUAUCCUGUUGAUGUGCGACAAGGAGAGCGAAGAGAUCUACUACAAAGAAAGGAAAAUCGUGCACGACAACGAUUCGCGUGCCUAGUGGCCACAUAGUCUGCCCGACGUUGUUCUCUGAUCGUAAAAGGACUCAUGUCGCUUCUCUCAGAGAGUGCGCAACGAAUGAGAGAUAUGUGUGAAUGGUGUGCUUGCCUGUUAUCAGUUAUUGGAUGUCCAACGCUGAUCAGUUUGAUUAACUGAAGUUCGUUUUUGUUUUUUCGUUUUACGUCGAGAUUGUACAGUUUUAGUUUUAAGUUUUAUUUUUUGAUACUUCAGAGAGGUAUACUCGUCUUGGUCUCUAGUUAGUGUCUUCAUUUUUGGUUCAGUAAGUUGGAUAACGUACAAAUUUGUCGGAUUUUUAUCUUCCAUUCUGUACUUGUUAGUAUGAGAAACUUUCAUUUUUAGUCAUAACCUGGUGGAACAAUAGUUGAUAGUUUCGUUUUUCAUUUAAGAUGCUUUUUGCUUUACAGAAAUCAUAAACCAUCAUAAAUCAAAAAACCAUAAAAGUACAUACAAAUAUAAAUAUCAUUGCAGUAAAACGAAAACAUUGUUGUCAAGGUUGUGAUUCUUUAUAUUUUCUCAUCAUUUUUCUUCAUCUAUUUAGUUUAAUUUCCGUACGCCACUGCAAGAUACAGGUUAAGGCAACAGCGUCAGUCAUUUCUGAGAAUUUAGUGCUUACUAUUUUGGAAUCAUAGUAUAGAUAAGGAUAAUAAUAUUGUGUGAUUUCUCGUUCCAUAGUUCAAUUAUUUAAAAUUAAUUGAGUUGAAUUGCCAACAAAUUUUGUUGCCGCCAAUUGGUUUGUCUUCUGCGAAUUUAGCCCUGGAUCUUUGCGCCCAAGGGAUGGGGGGAAUCGACGAUGAAUUUAUUAAAGAUAUGGUCCAAAAAUAACCACUUUUUGAACUAUACUAACCAGAAUAUCUGACGGCAGUCAAUAGCUAAAUUAAUUACGAAGUGAAAACUGGGAAUCGUACACUGUGACCAUAAAUUUUACAAUAAAUUAAUCUUACAUUGGUUGAUGUGAAUAUUGAAAUUUUGGUGUAAAAAGAGACCUCAGUUCAUCAUUAGACGUGUGUGUGUUUUCAUCUAUAAUAUUUUUUCAAUGAGAGCUAAAAAAAAAUUGGGUACAUUGUCCCACAAGUGGAUCCACGAACAACUAAGCGGCCAAGAGGUCCUGUGACAAGCUCGGAAAUCGAGUCGGAGGACGGUUUCCAGCAAGUGAAAACAAGAUAAACCGCAAAAAACGAAGGCGCAAAGAGGCAACAACAGACAACCACGUGGUUGAGAAAACUUUUCACUUGGUUUAUAUUGGGUUUACUAGGGUUUACUGUUUUCAGUAACUAAAUGAGACAAGUGAUGAUAACUGAAACUGUUUAAUGCUAAAAAUUACGUACGUAGUCAUUGAAACACAAAAACUAAUUGGUUCAGAAAAUGUUUUGUCUUUCUCUAAACAGCAAAAGAUAACAGAGUUACUAACAAUCAAAUAUUCCAAAUUCAAACCCCUCAUCUGUCAAUUGUCACUCUUAUUACAACAAAGUAAGUAUUUUGGAAUUUGUUUUACAAGUUUUCAGGAAAUAUUUCAUAUUUAACUGGUUUUUCAGUUGUACCACAAUAGUGGUGAUUUUAAAACCACUUUUGAUACACCUUGAAACAUUUCAAACUGUGGUUAAAGGAAGACAAUGAAAAGAUAAACCCAAAGCUAUAAAUCACAAAUGAAGACUGCUUUUGUAAAAUCAUUUAUUUUAUAAUUUAUUCAAAAGGUACGUUAGUGAUCUUUCAAUCUUUAUAUGUGAAUUAUUUUUAUGUGGAAAAUUUAUAUUCAAUGGUUCUAUUGAUUUUUGCGUUUUUUUGUUACUGUGACUGUAAUCAAAUUCUGGAAUCUCUUUUCAUUGAUACCAAAUUUUGUUUGAUUAAAUUCAUACACCUCAAUUUUCAUCAACUGUCACGGCCUGACUUGGUAUUUAUUUUUAUCCAAUAAGGCAUUCAAUAAUAUAAUUCUUAUCUGUUAUUCAUAAUUCACUCUUUUUUUUAUUAUUCUAUUUCGACAGAUUAAUUCUGUGGAGUCGAAAAAUUCUCGUAAUUUUGUCAGUACCUGGUACAGUAUGAUCAAACUGAUUAGACUUUUUGAUUUAUAUUCAUUUGCUUGCCUGGUAAAAAAUUAUUGCCAGUCAGCCGUUUUUGUAGUGGUAACAGUUUUUUAUAUGCAAAUUAUCGGAAUAUUAUUCCAGAAAUGUGUUUAUGAAGAAAUUUGGAUACUGAAGGAAAUAGAACCUGAAGAAUUUAAAUAACCCAUACAAACUUCUCAAUCUGUUUUCGAAUAUGAACCACUGAAAUAUUUAUAAGACUUUAAAAUAAUACCUAAUGGAAAUAAUAGUAAAUUGAAUAAAAUGAUGAAAGUGUCAUUUGCUAAGGAUGAUUUUAUCAUUUCAGAAUAGUAAAUUCGAGUAAUUUCCGAUAAUUUUGUAAUGGAAUGAGUGAUGUGCGCGACUGAGAGGCAACCCGGGCAGGCUAGAUGUGUGCAAAAAGACUUAUGUAACAAUUCUUCAAAGAAUACUCCACAUAAACGUGUAUAUGAAUUUUGUGAAACGAGAGGGUAUUUGUUAAAAAGUUAAACUCGUCACAAUCGAGUCGAUUACAAAUAUUUUUGGAUUUUGACAGUGAGUAAUGAAUAUUAAUGUAUGCAAAACACGCCAAAGGAAGAACAUACAUUCAUUUUGAAGGUGUGCACUUCAUGAAGUGUGUGUCGCAACGAAUUUUCAUGAGAAGUUUGAAGUGAAGUUAAUAAAAAAUGUUUCAUAUAAAAGUUUUAGAUAUCAGUAUGUUGGGGUUUUAAAAUUAUUCACAAUAUACAGGGUAUCAAUAAAAUUAUGACAAAUCGAAGCUAGAUUUGUUUAAUGGAAUAUCAUAUUACUUUCCAUAUAUGGAUUCCACUGAUAAUAUGCCGAGCAGUUUAAAAGUAGCCAAAAAUACUGUCAAAAACUGAUCUAUUCAAAAGUUUCCAUUCUCAAUAUAAAUUUAGUUGUGGAGUCUUGUUAUCUUAUUAGGAUAUUUUAUAAAUAUAGUUUUUUCAUUAUUGAAAGAAUAUUCCUAUCGCCAUCCGAAUAAAGAACGUAAUAUAUUUUUUUUAUUAAAAAAAAUCAUACACCACCUUUUCAUUUGAAACCUUGUAUAUUGGUGAAUAGUUUCAAUAAUUUUUUGAUAACUUCACUUCUCCACUUCAAACUUUUAAUUGAUACACUUCCGAUUCUUGAAUAACUUUCUGUUGAUACUGUGUCAAUCGCCAGAAUAUUUAGAAUGGAGUAGUUGAGGAAGUCAAAUCGAAGACUGUUUUUUGAAAUGCUUAUCAUAGUUUUCAAUACUGUAAAUAUAGUUACGAGUUUUCCGCUGAUGGUGGGUAGACACCAAAAAGCAAUUCCAAAAUAUUCAGAUUGGAUUUCUCACUUUCUGUGGCAGUCCAGAUGAAACUAUAAUGUCUUUGAUUAAUUUUUGAUCUACAUAAAAUCGAUUACUGAGUGUAGUUUGUUGGAAGAAUUAUUGCUGUCAAAAACUAAGUAAGUAUUCAUUUGUAGUAAAAACAGAUUCUCAAUUAUUGCUACAUUCAUAUUCAGCAAUUUAUUACAAUGUAUCUCAAAUCGACCAAUAUCCGUAUUAUCGACCUUUUUUGAGGAUAUUCACUUUUCACGAUCUGAAAAAAUAAAAACUGUAUUGUAAGGUGAAAAUCUAAAAAGAUGUCAAUAAAAAGCUCUGAUAUUCUCCAAAAAAUUACUUGUUCGUCCAUAACUCAUAUACAUGUUUGAACAAUAACAAGUAGUGUGUCAAUAUAUUUAGAUAACUUGAUGGUGAAAAUCAAUUUUUGUUUUCGAAUUAACGGGCAUUAAAGUUUAAUUUUUGAUAGGGAAUUAUCGAUUUUUGUACUAAAUUAGAUUUAAGGUUUUUGCGUUGGAAGUGUUGCUCUCGGUUUUGUGUUUCGUCUAUGGCUGCUAUGAUUGUGUGAUAUUAUACAUGAUAUUUAUUUACUCGAGUGAUGCCUACUUUUAUGUAUCUGCCAUUUAUACAGGGUGAUGAAGGCACCUCGAUUGAUUUUGUUGAACUUCUAAUAGAUAUUAUUAUAAGUA